CGUAAUUAUUUAUGAAGAUUUUAAAUGUUUACCGUUUGUUCGUGUGACAUUACGCAUGGAGUCACUUAAUUUCGCGGGCUUUUGAAAGUCAAUCUGGCUGUCAUAAUGUCAUUGUAUUGAAAGAAGAAUGUGCAAAUAAAUUCUUUAAAAGUGCUUUAAAUGUGAUAACUACGGAGUAUAGACGCCAGUAAUGCAUAAUUAGCUUUGUUUUUAGUUACGGCUAAGCAUAUCCAAAGCAAAAUGAGUUCACUUCUCUCUGCAGAACUUUCUGCUACGUGCAAUGCACUGGGCACGUUCGACAAGAGGACCGGGAAGUACUUGAUAGACGAUUACACCCUUAAUACGGUAAAAGACUUAAUAAGAUACUUACGUCGUGAUGGCGAGGACCACGAAAUUCGCAGACAUUUCGGUCAAACAAAAGUGUUGCAGACUGAUCUAUUACCGAUGUUGAUUGACCACUGGGAAAAUACAGAACUGUUUGACGUUACUCUCAGACUUCUGGUUAACCUAACAAACCCAGCGCUAUUGCUGUACAGAGAAGAAGUGCCAACUGAGCGAACCGCCAGACACAAUUAUCUGCUGAUAUUACUCCAUCUGCAGUACUAUAAAGAAGAAGCAUUCACUAAAGUUGAAACUUGGAAUGUUUUUGCAAAGAAGUUGACUAAGAUUCUAGAAAUUGACUGGAGUGAACGAGAUGAAGACACAGGACUGAUCAUCGAGAGAAUACUAAUCCUCAUCAGAAAUGUGCUCCAUGUGCCCGCAGACUUGGACAAGGAACGGCGGCCAGAAAAUGAUGCCAGUGUGCACGAUCAAGUUCUAUGGGCAUUAAAUCAAUCAGGCAUACUAGAUAUAAUCCUGUACAUGUCAUCAGAAAAUGAAAAGCAAUAUUUCAUGCACAUCCUAGAGAUCAUAUCCCUCUUGCUGCGAGAACAGAAUCCCACCAGCUUGGCUGAUGCUGCACUGCAGCGGAGUGCGGAUGAGAAACUGAGGGAUGAACAAGAGUUACUCACUAUAAGGAUGUCAGAGAAUAAGCAGCGGCUCAAUAAAGUAAAGCAGUUUUCAACAUCAAGGCAUUCUCGUUUUGGCGGUACUUACGUAGUCCAAAACAUGAAAUCUAUAUCUGAAAAUGAAAUCAUCUGUUUGAAGCCAUUGAACAAGAUUUCUAACCUAGACUUUAGCGGGGGUAAAAAGUCUAAUUUAGUCAAGCCCAGAAAUCGCAGACCGGCUGAAAGUGGGACUAUGGAAAGAAGAUCAGCUUUUGCUAUUCGGCUAUUUUUAAAGGAAUUCUGCAUAGAAUUCCUAAACAGUGCAUACAACCCUCUAAUGCACUACGUAAAGGAUGUGCUGGUGCGGUCCAAGGCCCAGCAGAAUGACGAAUCGUAUUACUUGUGGGCCGUCAAGUUCUUCAUGGAGUUCAACAGGGGACAUAAUUUUCAAGUUGGCUUGGUCAGCGAAACUAUGUCAGUUCCAAUGUUCCACUACGUACAACAGCAAAUGGAGAAAUACUACGACAUGAUCAAGGUAGAAAAGAAGAAAUUCGCCGUAUGGGUACGCCGACUGCACCUCGCCCUCCGGGCUUAUAAAGAACUCCUUAACACAUUGCUGGCAAUGGACAAAAGUACGGAUCCUAGUGUGAAAGAGUCCGCCAAAGUACUGAAGAGUAACAUUUUCUACGUGUUAGAAUAUAGAGAGUUUAUUCUAACGACGUGUUUAAGUUACGACGAAAAUAAAAUGCCAAGGUCUUAUCUCGUAGAUUUAGUAGAAACGGUUCAUUUAUUUUUGAAAAUGCUUGAACAUUACGUCAAGAAAACGGGAUUAGUCGUGCAGAAAAAAGUUAAAAGGAAAACGAAAUCCAAAAAAAAGAGGCGUGCAGUAGAAAAGUCACAACCGAGCCGAGUAGAAAUACCGGAGUGGGAAGAGUUGCGGGCGCAGUUAGCUGUUGUGCUCCGUGCUGGCGUCGACGACUGCCCACCGCCGUUUGACGCCGCCUCCGAUCAAACCGUCGACCAGCAAAAGGAAACGUGCAUGAAGAACAUUCAAAGGCUCAUGCGGGAAUACAAAUUCGAGGACGCCGUCGGGAUGCUGCGCGCCGCGAGAGAAGUGUGGCCGGAGGAAGGUAUAUUCGGCGCGAGCGACAUUCAGCAAGAAGAGGAGCUGGAAAUGCUGGAGACCAUUUAUGGGACCGAUUUAGGAGUCGAAGUACCAGAGGUGAUCGAGGAAAAUAAUGAAGAAAAUACGGAUGACGAGGAAGAUGAAGAGGAAGAAGAAGAGCGGAGUGCAGCAAUAGUUGAAACAGACUUUGAUUUCAAUGAUUUUGUUCAAAGAUUUUGCAGCCCCAAAGUAGUAAGCGCUUGUGCAUCCCUUCUAGACGGCUACGAAAAGAACCUACCACACACGAACCACUGCAUCACAAAAAUGCUGCACAGAAUAGCGUGGGACUGCAAGCGUCCAGCUAUGAUGUUCCAAGCGUCUUUGUUUUUGGUCUUUCAGAAGAUGCUCAACAACCCUAUGCCUCAAUUUAAGGAGUUGGAAAAGUUUGCUAUAUUUAUACUGAGGAAAUUUACUGAAGUCGCGCAAAAAAAUCCUAAAGUUUUUAUUGAGCUACUUUUCUGGACUAAUUCGAAGGAUGCCAUCGAUAUAGAGUGCGGGUACGACCUCUACUCCGAUCAAAAGGAUAGAGUGGGUAAAGGUACCUGGAGCGAGGAACAGGAAGAAGAAUUACGGAACCUGUACAUGGAGAACCAGUCUAAUCCACAAACUGAUCAAGACGUCAUCGACUGGAUCCUCGAGAACCUUAUCGACCAGACCCGAACGCGGCGAAGCGUCAUCAAGAAACUAAAAGAGCUCGGUCUUAUAUUCCGCGCUCCCACCAAACGCAGCAAUAAGGAGCGACAGCGGGAGAAAGUACCUAAAGAGUUCAGUGAGGAAGAGGAUGAUAUGCUUAGGCAGCUUUGGGAAGAGUUUGGCAAUUCAACUGAUCCGAUGCUGUUAAUAAUGGGUCGCAUGCCACGCAAGCGACCGAAGCGAAGCUUCGUCGAAAGGAUGUUGGAGCUGGGUAUCAUACAGGACAAGAAACAGUGUCGAAGGAAGAGACAGAAGGGAAAGAAGAGCAACGGUGACGUGAAAGGCAGCAGCGAUAAUGAUAAGUCUAGUGAUUCUUCUUCCUCCGAAUCGUCGGCACAUUCCGACUCCGAUGACGAUGGUUCACGACCGUCAUCCCCUGUUACGACGAAGCCGGUCAAAAAGACCUUGAAAGCCAAGGAAGUCUCGAACGAAAAGAAACCGGUGAAGAAACAAAUCCAACUCAGCGCCAACGAGGUUGCCAAGUUAAUGGUCAGCGCUGUCGAUGAUGGUCUCACGGAACCUCUAAAGUGGGUAGCUGAAAGCUUAGAAGAAGUGGCACUCGACCAAGAAGCAGAAGGGUUUGACCCGACUGCCGAAGGUAUCCCACUACUCCCCCUAUCUAGCGAUUGUGUGGAUGCCAUGGAGAACGAGAUGUUCAAGAAGGUCUUGAUGGGAGUUGGGAUCAUGCCGCCAAGUGAUGAACAAGAAGCAUAUUGGAGGAUUCCCAGUAGUUUACAUUUCGAAACCAUUAGAAAGAGGCGCGAAAUUAUAAUCAAGGCUGUAAAUAAAGAGCUAAUAAUAGAUCCCACAGUAGACGAAACUGCUAUCGAAAACGUUCCCGAAGUUGCAAAUGACAAUACGAACGCAGAAUCUAGUGAUGAUGACGACCUAUUCACCAAUUUGAGAAAGAUGAGAGAAAGUAAUCUUGAAAACGUAAAAAGCGCUUCAAGUACCGAAGUCAAAAGAAGUCAGAAACGAAGUCGUAGCCUGGAAUCUAACGAAUCUAACAGUAGAGGAAAACUGCCGAGAAUUGAGGAAGAAGUAGUGAAUGGUGGGGAUGAUGGCGAGGACCUUCUGUCGUUUGCAAAGAAGACAUUGCAAACUGAUGUGCCGGAUACGGAAGACUUUUUAAGUGGCUUGCCUAAAGCAGAUUCAGACGGCAGCGAAGAUGAAGAGCAAAUAGUUGUGUCAAUAAACCGGGACAAGAAGAAGCGCAGAGUCAUUAUCGACGACGAUUCGGACUGAUCACCCUGAUGCUUACAGCAGGCCGGUAAUACACUACCUCCGUCUUUAUACGUAUCGUACCAUAGAGGUUACGCACAAGCGGCACGUAUACACCGUGUUUUCAUUGAAUUCCGUUAACUUCGGGGCGUGAGUAAGUAUGUUUAAGGAGACUAAAUGGCAUAAAUAAUUUUGGAAAAAAAAUAUUUUUCCAUUUAAUUAAAUGUUGCAUAAUAUAUAGCGUUGUUGUAACACGGGCAUUAUAUUUAACUCAACCAAACACAAAUCAUUAUGUAAACAGGCUCUAAGGCCCCUACUAGUGUACACCCUUGUAGGGGCCUUAUAAGAUAAAAAUAAAUUAUUGAUUAUCUCCGUAAUGAAGUUAAUUGAAGUACAUUGUCUUUGAGAACGUUACUUAAUUUAAGCUCAAGAAUGCGCCCUUUAAAUUAACGGAAAAAAAACACGGUGUACAUACUGCCAGCGCCAUUUUUAAUUUAGAAAUAUUUGCUCUAUACCUUUCUAGCCUGUUUAUGUAAUACCAUUAUUUCGUCAUUCGUUACCUGUUGGACAUUAGAGCGCGAGUUUAUUUACACGAAGCAAAAAAAUAAUCAUAUUAUUCUUUGUCCAAUUAUUUUUACAAUUUUCAUACUUUGAGAUAUUUUUGGUCUCUCCUGUAUUGUUCCCUCAAAUGUUUCUGUUUCCAUUAAUUAUAAUGACUGUAAGUAAAACAAAAACUUUUUUUAAUCCCUCCUUCCCCUAAUCAGUCUGAUUUUUUUUUAAUUGGCUGGAUUCGCCUGGCCCUUAGGGAAUCUAAUUUUAAUCCAAAAAGUAUUUUCUGCUGGUAUUAUAAUUUAAGUUUGUUUUUGCUGAGGCAAUCUUUACCGUGGCGAGCCUGAAUGAAAUAUCAAACAGAAAUUGCGCCCGUUAAAUAUUUACAUUUUUACAUGAACAAAUAUUUAACGUUCAAUCUUUUUGCGCGCCAAUUUGGAGCCGAUAGAGGUGAACACCGAGAAAAUAGGCUAAGUGUUUAUAAUUGACCGACCGAGCGCUUCGUUUCAGCUUGGGAAAAUGCUUCAACUAUCCGGAUCUCCUCUCCAGAUCGCAUUCUUCACAUGAUUCUUGUGAAAUUUUGUGAAUUUGGACAGAAUUAUGACGUAACAGAAUUUGGAAAUUUUUCGAAAUGGCGGAGCCAUUCAGACCACUUCCGCCGGCUAUCAACUAUUAUCAUGUCCUUCACCUAGUCGGGACCGUCCUGCGCAACAAUUUUGUAUAUCUAUAUGUCGUAUUGAUAUAACGCACUGACUAAAUUUAAUUAAAACUUCCACCAACUAAUGGGUAAA